ACUGUUUGUUGGCAUAGGCUUUGCGCUAGAAAAGGUUUGAGCUGUACUUUUUCUUUCACUGCUAGCUGUUUUUGUUAUGAUUUUGAGGUUUGAUUUGAAAAGUGCCAUUUUUGAGUUAAAUAAAUUUGUAUCCGAUGCAGUUGUGGUGGCUAAAUUUCGGCAAAAGAAAGUGACGUAGCAUCUAGAUACUGUAUAACUAGGAUCCAAAAGUGCUUUGUGCCACCAGAUUUAAUUUUUCUGGUGUCACCUGAAAUUUGCUGAUGCUUUCCCUUCCCACUGCAGUUAUCUGUUGUUACAUCUUGCUGUUUCACGGGGUCUCCUGAUCAACCACAAAGAUCUUUUUUUUUCUUCAGAGCUUCAGGAUGUUUUGGUGGGGAGGAUUGGAGAAACACUCUGCUCUGUGAGUAGAAUUUUAAUUGAACAUCUUUUGAUCACAGUCAUUUGUUGACAAAUUUGCUUCUCAUUCACCAUUCUAGAUCCAUUGUUGACCCUGAUCUUUAACAGAACCUCUACAGAAUCCAAGAUUUGGUCUAGGCUUGAGGGGGACCCAGGCAGAGUGUCCCCAUCCAUUGGUUGUCACCAGCGAAACUGAGGUGCCGGAAGCUUGCCCAGCAAAUCUUCAGGGGUUCAUAUCUUAAUGGAUUGCUGUAACCUGUCAAGUUCGCCAUUCAUCCACUUCCCCAUUUCGUGAGAAUAUUAGCCAGCACAGAUCCUGGGAAAGUUACAUAUAACAGAUGUCCUUCACAGUGAACACAGACUAUCAUCCUCUCUCUUGUGACACAUGAGCUCUUUGAUGGAAAUCAGAGGCCCAUGAAGUAGUCUUUGCAUUUCAGUGCUAGAUAUCCUUGUGGAAACUUACCUUUCAUCCUGCACAUACAUGUUGUAGUCCCAAUUAGAACAUACUCACUGAAUGAGUUGCUGAAUGGGUGUGAACGGAAUGUCUGUGGAUGAGAAGACUGAAUCCCCCAUGUAUGUGUAUGAGUCAACAGUCCAUUGUACCAAUAUCCUCCUGUGCCUCAAUGACCAGCGGAAGCAGGAUAUUCUCUGUGAUGUGACUUUGAUUGUGGAGGGGAAAGAGUUCCGAGCCCACCGGGCUGUGCUGGCUGCGUGCAGUGAAUACUUCUUGCAGGUGUUGGUGGGGCAGACGGAAAAUGACCUGGUUGUCAGCCUGCCAGAGGAGGUCACUGCCAGGGGAUUUGGUCCAUUGUUACAGUUUGCCUACACUGCUAAGCUGUUACUCAGCAGAGAAAACAUACAAGAGGUCAUCCACUGUGCAGAAUUCCUGCGCAUGCACAACCUGGAGGACUCCUGUUUCAGCUUCCUUCAGACGCAACUGCUGAAUAACGAAGAUGGCCUCUUCCUGUGCAAAAAGGACAGUACCUGUCAGCGGAUGCAUGAGGACGAGAACUCGGAAGGAGAAGAGGAAGAAACGAUGGAUUCAGAGACUUCCAAGCUAUCUUGCCCGAGAGAGAGAACGCACCCCGAACCCUUUAACUUUGAAUCUGCUUGCUCAGGAGCUGAGAAAGAGGAAGGCAUGCUCCCGGACUCGGAGAUACUGAAUGAUGGCAAGGAUAAUUUGGAUAAAGAAGCAGUAACGCGGUACCCCAGAUAUAAGAAAUACCAGCUGGCUUGUACCAAGAAUGUCUACAACACAUCACACAUUAGUACCUCAGGUUUUGCAAGCACAUUCAGUGAAGAGAAUUCUGGUGAUGGCCUCAAACCAGAGCUUGCUGUAGGGCAGAUUAAAAGUGAGCCUAGGAAUGAGGAGAACGACGAAGAAAACAUCACACUUUGCCUCUCUGGAGAUGAGACCGACAUCAGGGAUAAAGAGGGGGAUGUCGAAAUGGACCGAAAGCAGCAAAGUCCUACUGGAGCAGACGGGUCUAAGAGCGAUUCCCCUCCUUCCUGCCUAAGGUCUUUCUUCAACCGAACAAAAAACAUAGACUUAGUUGGCUUCCCCAGUACUUCCCAACAGCACUUUGCCAGGAGUCCAGUGUGCCCUUUCGACAAAGGGACAACUCAGGGUGACCACAAAACUGAUUACAUCCCUUUUGCAGGGAAUGUUGGACUCUCUCAAGCUGUUCAGAAGGAUGCUUCCAAUUUUACAGUGGGAUCGCCUCUCAGGGUUCCUGGCUUUGUUGAAGGUCUUUGUAAGCAGGAAGGUGAGGUGGACAGGAGGAGCGUUAUCUUUUCUUCAACUGUUUGUGACCAAGUAAACACUUCGGUGCAUUCAUAUUCUGGCAUGAGCAGCUUGGACAAAGACCUCACUGAAGCUGUGCCAAAGGGUCUGUGGGCAGGAAGUAGCCAAUCUCUUCCCAGCUGUCAGACCUACUCUCACAUGGGACAGGCAGCUGAUCACUUGCCAGGACGGAUGCGGCCUAACACCAGCUGCCCAGUGCCAAUUAAAGUUUGUCCUCGCUCUCCUCCUCUGGAAACCAGAACAAGGACCUCCAGCUCAUGUUCCUCCUACUCUUACGCAGAGGAUGGGAGUGGCGGUUCUCCCUGUAGCCUCCCUCUGUGUGAGUUUUCAUCGUCCCCCUGCUCCCAAGGAGCUCGAUUCCCGGCCACUGAGCAUCAGGAGCCGAGCAUGAUGGGAGACGGAAUGUACAGCCAAGUCAGACCCCAGAUAAAAUGUGAGCCAUCCUAUGGAACAAACUCUAGCGAUGAGUCUGGAUCGUUCUCUGAAGCAGACAGUGAGUCAUGUCCUGUGCAAGACAGAGGACAUGAGGUGAAACUUCCAUUUCCUGUAGAUCAGAUCACAGAUCUUCCAAGGAACGACUUCCAGAUGAUGAUAAAAAUGCACAAAUUAACCUCAGAGCAGUUGGAAUUUAUCCAUGAUGUUCGGCGGCGCAGUAAAAAUCGGAUUGCAGCUCAGCGCUGCCGUAAGAGAAAACUGGACUGUAUUCAGAAUUUAGAAUGUGAAAUCCGCAAGUUGGUUUGUGAGAAAGAGAAACUUCUAUCAGAAAGGAACCAGUUGAAAGCAUGCAUGGGAGAGCUGUUAGAUAACUUCUCUUGCCUUUCUGAAGAAGUGUGUAGGGAUAUGCAGAGCUCCGAACAGAUCCAAGACCUGCACCGAUACUGCCCUGUUCUCAGGCCUGUGGAUCUUCCGACAGCAACCAGUAUCAAUCCUUCGCCAGCCAGAGUAGAUCAAAACGUAGUGACGUCCCAGUGUGUCGGGGAAGGCUUGCAGUGCUGUUCAGAGCCAAGCCCUGGACAGCAGCUAGGUGCUCAUUGGCUGCCCAACAACAUUUCUGAGAAAUGUGCAAGAGUACUGGAUGGAGCUGACCAAGGUACUUACUCCGAGCAGGAGCUCCCUCUAGAGCAAAAUAACCAAACGGUGACAGUGGACUUCUGUCAGGAAAUGACUGAUAAAUGUACGACAGACGAGCAACCUAGGAAGGAAUACACCUAGUGGCGAUGUAGCUUUGACAACAGGCCUAGCAAGGUAUUCUUUAGUAAGCCAGUGGCCACGGCGGUUUUGUUUGUUUAGAUUGAAGAACAUAUUUGGUGCACACUACAGUGGUCUUAGCAGCAAUACUGUUUUUAAGUAUUCCCUCCUCUCUACAAGCAGGAGUUGAUCUUCUUCACUAUGGUGCUAUCCCUUGCUCAGGCAGGGGGAAAAAACAGUGGCAACACUGUCAGUUUCUUUCUUUCUUUUUUAAUUGUUAUUGUUGUUGUUACCGUUGUUGUUGUUGUUGUUGUAUUUUAAUUUCAGUAUUCAACAGGGAUGGACAUAACACCUCUGAGGACCCAAACACAGCUUUUUUUCUCAGUGGCCCGUGUCACAAAACCCUAACUCAGGAAUUUCCUCUGAAUGUUCAAUUUUUCAUUGAAGACAGCUUCUUUACACAUCAAAGUUUUAUAGCUUAACUGUACAUACUAUAUAUAGUAUAUAUAAAAAUAUUAUAUCCAUAUGCAAAAAAAAUCCCUGCAUGCCUCAAUUUUUUCUCAUGAAAACAACUGGAAAUUUUUAAUUUCUAUUGUAUAAAUGAAUUCCAACAUUCCUUUUUUUUUGUCUACUAGGAGUAGUUUGUAAUUUUUAAUACUUUCCUCUCACCACUCAGUUCACAGUUCAGCAAUAUCAUUCGGUUUGUACCUUAUUUAUACUGUUUUACUAUUGGGAUGUUGUUCGAAAAUUUAACAUGGACAGCAUUCAUGGCACAGCUGUCCUUUGUUUUGCGUUUUGUGCCCGUUUGAGCAAAGUGGGUUUUACUCUAAUUUUCUCACAAAUACUGUACAGCGAUGGUCAACAUUGCCACUUGCACUGAGUUUUGGAUGAAGCCUUUUUUCGUAAAUGAAGUUAUUGUAUAUUGUAUUCUUUGUUUUCAUUUAUUAUUGUCGUUGUUAUUAUUAUUAUUAUUACUAUAAUUAUUAUUAUAAUUAUUAUUAUCCUUUUUAAAAUAAAAUAGGAAAAUAAACUGCAGCACUCAGGAGAUGAUUACGUGGAGAAAUAAGAAUCUUGCCAAAUAUGGAAUUCACUCAACCCUGUGAAUUGCGUAUUUUCUGUAUUUCUCUCCCAUCCACCCCCUUUUCUUGCCCAAAUCAAAUAUGGCUGCUUUCUUUCUUGAAGAGUUGUUUGUCAUUUGUUGAGUGUGGCUCAAUAUUUAGUAAUACUUAACAACUGUUCAGGGGUUAGUGUUCUGUUACUGACAUUGAUAACAGUGGCUUAAGCCCGUUGCUGUUUACAUCAGUGAAUGCUUUUUCGUGGUUCUCAGUGAAAUUUGAACUGAGCUUCCUUCUGCAGCUCUUAAUCUUUUUUGUACUAGUGCUUUUCAUUUCAAGGAGGCCUCAGCAUAUAAUUCUAACAUUGCUUUAAUGCAGGUGUUAAUUAUCAUGGUUUACCACACUUGCUUCCUUUUUACCUUGGACCCAGUUCAGUCUAAUACAGCCCCUUUGGAAUAUGGGAAAUGAUGUUUUCUGGAUUAGAGGGACGUGCCAAGACUCAGAGCAAUCGCUAAACCCAAGGAUUAAAAAGAGAUGCAUGCUGUUAAGCUCCUCUUAACUCACAACAUUUUCAUCAGCACAGAGCAAAUUUUGCCUUAGAGGAUGGCACUUUAUGGCAGUCGUUUGAAAAGCAUUGAAACUUGGAGACAAUUCAUAGAAUUCUAGCUGACUUAAGUAACUAACAGAGCCCAGUGCGCAGAGGGGUCCGUCUGCUGUAAAAUUGCUUCUAAUAGUUGGACUUCAAGGGUUGCAGUCUCUCCUUCCCAUGCACUACAAAACUCUGUCCCAGAGAAGGGAGAAAAUCCUACGGAUCUGGUUUUCAGGCAGUGCAGAGGACUGCAGGGGAGCAGAGAAAGUUCAAUCAUGCCAGUGGUUUUGGUACUAGUGCAGCAUUGGAAUUACACCAUGAACGUUGCCCAGAGCCACUUUUCUUUUUUUGGACACAGCAUUUACUGCUGCUUCAGUCUGCUGAUCUAAGUGGCAAUAGAUCAGGUGGGCACUUUCCGCCAGGAACCUUCUUAUUCCAUCACCACUGAGAUUAAUACAGUUUGCCAGACCAGUAUAAGUUUGCACAGUUUCCAUGGAUUUUAAGAAGAUUUAUGUAAAAGUUUCGCCCUCCCACCUCUGAAGAAUUGUGUC